AUGGGAACUGUACAAGGUUCAUACGCGUCCAGUGCCUGGACCAAUCGAACUAUUUUUCAGUUCCAAGGCAUUCCCUAUGCGAAAUCACCAACGGCCCAACUACGGUUUCAGCCGCCAAUCAAAACAACCAGCUGGUUAGGUACCCUUGAUGCGACCAAACCUGGUAUUCACUGUCCGCAGAUCACGGAAGAAUACGUCAACAUAGACAAUGAAGACUGCCUUAGCUUAUCGGUGUUCUCCAACAAUAUAAGUGCAACUCAACCCGUAAUGGUUUUCAUUCAUGGCGGCUGGUUCAUCUUCGGUGGCGCAAGCGAAUACAGUCCAGAGUACUUGCUAGAAAUGAACAUUGUUCUGGUAGUAAUUCAGUAUCGACUCGGUCCACUAGGUUUCCUAUCCACGCUGAGCGAUCAAAUCCCUGGCAAUGUUGGAAUUUUGGACAUCAUUGCAGCGCUGGAGUGGGUCCAGCAGAACAUCGAAGCCUUCGGUGGAAACAGCUCAUCAGUAACUAUCUUCGGAGAAUCCGCAGGGUCAGCUGCAGUUUCCGCAUUGCUUCACACUCCACUAAUGCGAAGUAGGCCACUUCCGCUUUUCCACAGAGCCAUUCUACAAUCCGGCUCCAUAUUUUCUCCCUGGGCUAUGUGUGAUACCCCCGUGAUAGGAGCAUACGAUAUUGCCAAGCGUUUAGGUUGCGCAGAAGAAUACUACGAACGGUGCCUUCAGACAGCUUCGAUAGAAAAUCUUCUCAAAGCCUUCGAUUCCCAUCGGAGGGAUAUGAUAAUCCAACACGGUUAUCAGAAUGUAGCCGGGGCGAGCGUGGUAGUGGGCGGUCCUUCGGGACUGUUUCCAGAACAUCCAUCGCAUUAUCUCUCGCAAGCAUCCGAUCGAAUAUCACUUAUGGGAGGAGUUACGUCACAAGAUGGACUAUUUCUGUUGGAUGAAAUUUGUGCUCUUCAAGCUAUCAAACCAGAGUCCUUAAACAGUUUUUACGACUUGUUGGAAUUUGUUCGACUGCUCCAUGGAAAGUUUGGUCAUAACCAACCUAAUGGUGCUCCAGAGGGAUAUGAGCUGUUGGAACAUUUCUCGACGAGCGAACUAAACCAGAUCAGAUGGGAGGACAUAGUUCUCGGUUUGACGGAUAUAUGCGGCAACCAUGGAAUUAAGGGACCUACUCUCGUCGAUAUUCAAGCUUUCUAUCGCGUUAACCCGGAUGGAGUUUACCUGUACACGUUUGACUAUUCUAACCUAUUGACGCACAUGAACUCAACGAUAUACUUUCCCUACGAAGCAGCAGUUCAUCAUGCGGCAGAUCUCUACUAUCUGUUUCCGUGGAAUACAUUAAAUAAUGAAGGUGACAUCAAGAUGGUGAAAAUCAUGACUCAACUUUGGACUUCGUUUGCCAGCAGUGGUGUCCCUCAGGCCGAAUUGGUUCCCUACUGGUCUCCAGUGCACAAACUUUUUGGGCCAUAUUUUAUGAUCAAUGAGAAAAGCGAGCAGAAGGAAAACUUCUUGGACGAAUUUACGGCAACUACUCGUAGGUUUAGAAAUACUGGGCAAGCUAACAAGCAUUCCAAGGCUUUCCUAAUAAUAGCCUUUCUGGUGAUCUCUGCUAUUUAG